GUGAGCGUAUGUCUGUAUGUAUAUUCUCUCAGAAGCUCUGAAGAGAAUAGUGCCACAUAUAAAGACAGAGGCACAGUGGACAGUGUGUGACAGUCACUGCCACAUACUGACUGAUGAAAGAGUGUGUGUGUGUGUGUGUGUAAGACGUGGUUAAUGUAAGCGGUUGGCAGUUUGAUAGAGUCAUGUUGUCAUGAAAGAUGUGAAUUGAAGAAUCACCAAAUGCUGGCUCCUCCCCCUCAGUGCUCAGCCAGCUGUGCAGUGGACACACAGCACAUCACCUCUGUCAGUCAGCUCUCCCUGGGGUCCUGUACGAACGCAUGUAGGGCUGUUUCUUUGGGAAAUGUACAAUUUUGUCACUGAUUUUCCAUAUCUUCCUAUAUAUCUCUGUAAAGAACCACAAUUAUUACAAACCUGAAUUGAUACAGAGGAGAGGCAUCACCAUGAUUUGGACGUAUUCAAAUUUACAAAACUGAGACAACUUUUUGGAAGAUCUCCAACCACUUUUCAAAAAAGAUUUGGAGUGAAGAGUAUUUCAUCUGAUGCGCUGAAGAAUUGUUUGACCUCAUUAAUGACCAAUGGGGGAGUUGGGUUACAUACGUGUGCUUUUACUUUAAAACCUGUACUAUGAAUCAUGGAGGAAAACACACCAUUUCUGAACGCUGAGUACAAUGACAGCACCACCGUUUGGGCUCCGAUGCCCUCAGCUUCCAGCAGACAGCUGGGCGUCCUUCCCAACCCGCAGACACGAUUCAAGGACCUGACAGAUAUUUUCAUGGUGACCCUGAAUGUUCUGGCACUUCUAGCCAACACUGCUGUUCUGGUGGUUGUCAUAAAAGCCCCUCAUCUCAGGAAAUUUGCUUUUGUGUUCCACCUGUGUGCAGUGGACCUGCUGUGUGCCAUCCUCCUCAUGCCUCUUGAGAUUGUGUCCAGCUCUCCGUACUUUGCUGGUGUGGUGUUCACUGUCCUGGUGUGCCAGGUCUACGUCUUCCUCAAUGUUUUCCUCAUAGCUGCCUCUAUCUUCACCAUCACAGCCAUUAGUGUGGAGCGUUACUACUACAUCGUCCAUCCAAUGCGCUAUGAGGUCAAGAUGACGCUGAAGCUGACUGCGUCCGUGAUAGUGAUGGUGUGGGUGGCCUCUGCUGUGCUGGGGCUGUCCACCGUGUUUGGGUGGCCAUCUUACAGCAGCCUGAGCUCCAUUAGUGCCUCACACUGCUCGCUGCACUGGAGCCACAGUAACCACAGACGAGUCUUCUCUGUGUUCUUCAGUGUCACCUGUUUUUGCCUUCCUGCUAUUGUGAUCUUUGCAGUCUACUGUAAUGUGUACAAGGUGGCCCGUGUGGCUGCCCGCCAGCAUGGACCUCUGCCCUUGUGGACUAACAGUCAAGCAAAGCAUCGCUCUGACUCAAUAAACAGCCAGACUACCAUCAUCACAACCCGCAACGCCCCACGUAGGAUUAUGAGAGACCGGCCUUUUGGUGGAGGUAAAGCAGCUCUCACCCUGGUGGUUAUUGUUGGCCAGUUUCUGAUCUGCUGGCUGCCUUACUUUGCCUUUCACAUCCAUCUGACGCUACACGCGACACCCAAGAUUCCUGAUGAUUUGGAGGAAACGGUCACCUGGCUGGCAUACACUUCCUUUGCGAUCAACCCGUUUUUUUAUGGGCUUCUUAACAGGCAGAUCAGGGAGGAACUUUGUAAGCUGAGGCGCUGCUACACCGCCCGCCCAGUGGAGCUGGCCAUCUCCAGCCAUGAGGGCUCAGGCAACGAGAACUUCCUGCAGUUCCUCCAUAGGACCAGCUGCACAGCAGAGACACGUGCCAGCUUUGCUACUUCCAGUCCAAGAAGCACUCUGGAUAUGGGCAGGACCGGUUUUAGGAUACCAGGGCAGAUCCCAGAAGAGUUCAGUUAGAUAUACCUCGCUGUUGUGCCACAGCCGUUAGUAGCAAGGCCACUUCAUACAGUGUGUAAUAUUGUGUGUACUAUAUCUGUAAAGUGUAUCUGAAUACAGUAAAAGAUCAUUUACAGCAUCAAGAAAUGAACUGUUUAUGAAACUUGACAUACUGUUUAUAGAUACUACUAUUCAUACUAAUGGACAUUACUUCUCAAAGUAUCUUUACUUUACUUGUGGUAAAACUAUUAUCGAUAAAUUAAUUAAUUAAUUAAUCUGAUAAGGAACCCUGUGUUUUUACUAGCUACUAGAGAAAAGUCACUUUUUAUUUUCAAUCAUUGCAUCUAUAUAAUUAAAGUAAUGAGCACAAAUAUCUGGAUUACUUGAAUGUUGAGUGAGCAGUCAUUCAUAUUUCUGAAGUUCCUACAUUAUUUUUUCAUAGGGUCUCAAUAUGACAGCAGUUUUUAUUUUUGUAUUUAGUAAUUCAGUGCUGUACGUGGUAUUUAUGUUGCACGGAUUUGUGUAAACUUUAUUUAUUGUACUCAAAGAAAAAAUGCAUUGUUUCUUAUUGCUAUAAUUCUGCAAAUAAACAGUGGUUACUUUCAUCCUUUAUGGAAAUGUGAGUAAGAAACCAAAUAUUCAUAAUAUGCAUUAUUAGCAAACAUUAUGUUUGUCUUCUUACCACAUUAGUCUGUACUUAAUAGAUUAAUAAUGGGCAAGAAUCACAUA